AUGAGUGACAACACUGACACCAAGCCUAUCCCCACUGGCGGUUUCAAAGGAAGCGACCUGCCUCCUUUGGUGACCGAUAGACCUCCUCGUGUGCUGAUUGCUGGUGCCGGCUUGGCUGGUCUCUUCCUUGGCAUCCUCCUUGAGAAGGCCGGCAUCCCCUACGAGAUUUUUGAGCGGUCCGCCCAGAUCAGACAUCUUGCAUUCGAGCAGCUCGGCUUGUUGGACGAGCUGUUGUCGUUCUCCAAACCCUCGUUUGGCAUAGUAAUGUUGACCGAUAAGUUGAAACUCAUUGGCAAAACUGUCGCCAAUUGCUCUGAUCUCAUUGGGUAUGACCGCGUACUCUUUGCUCGUCCUGAGCUGCAUGACAUGCUGUUCAAUAAAAUUCCCAAGGAGAAGCUCCACAUGUCCAAGAAAGUGUUGUCAUUCCAGCAAAACCACGAGGGAGUCAUGCUCCGGUUCAGCGACAACACAACUAUCCACGGUGACAUCCUUGUUGGUGCCGACGGGGCUCACAGUGCAGUUCGUCAGCACUUGUACAAGUCCCUGGAGAAAGAAGGCCUUCUCCCCAAAGCUGAUACCAAGGCUAUGAACAAGGGUUACAUUUGUCUUGUUGGAACGACCGGCGCCCUCGACCCCGUCAAGUACCCUGGGGUCUUGGACGAAGAAUCUGAGGCAUUCUUUAUGGUUGGAGACAAGGACACGCCCUACACUUGGGUUACUUUCACCAUUCCUGGCAACAGAAUCUGCUGGAAUGUCGUUAUUCAGUUAGGCAUCUCCGAGAUUGCAAAUGACCAGUUCAAGUCCUCGGAUUGGGUUCCUCAGCAGAACCAGAAAAUGAUGGAUGAAAUCCGCCACUUCAAGACCCCCUAUGGCACCAUGGGUGAUUUGUUCGAUGCUACCGAUGUUGAAGGUGUUUCCAAAGUCUAUUUCGAAGACAUGCUCUUUGAGACAUGGAACCACGGUCGUACCAUCUUGAUUGGUGAUGGUAUGCGUAACACUCUCGGCGCUGGUGCUGUCAACGCCAUGCAAGACGCCGUCCUCCUUGCAAACCAUCUUUACGACAUCUUUCCCACCAGCUUUGAGAAUAUUAAAGCCGCUUUGACCGAGUACAAAGAAGAGCGAUUCGAUGCAAUCAAGGAUCAAUACCCACAGUCCUAUAUUAGUGCCAAACUAAGCUAUGGACAUGAUACCGCCUACCGUCCUCAGGCUAACUUUUUACCUCAGGCGCCAAAGCGUGGCUCAAUGGAUGCUAUUCCUCAGAGACCUUCGAAGCGCAUCGAGAAGGAGAGAGAGGAGGCAGCGAAGAAAGAGGCAGCUGCGAUUGUUCUGUAG